CAAACUACCAAGCUGAUUAGUACCCGUGACAUUCAACCUACGUCGGGUAUCUCUCCGGUCAAAACCGUUAACACUAGGAGCGCUCCUGCCUAUAUUGUGCCCCAUCUCGUGCAGAAGGUGCAGGUACAGAUCCACUGCCCGCACCAUGUCUAGUACGACCAUUCUCAUCACCGGCGGUAAUCGUGGCCUGGGUUUGGGACUGGUUAAGAAAUUCCUGUCUUUGCCAAACCAUACGGUCAUUGCCGCGAACCGGAACCCAAGCCACCCAACCUCUCAGGCACUCGCCGAGCUUCCCAGGGGAAGCGGCAGCCGGUUGAUCGUCGCCAAAUACGAUGCUUCCGUCGAGGGAAGUGCAUUCGAUGUCGUGACGCAGAUUCAGGGGCAGGAGGUUGCCCACCUGGACAUUGUGGUCGCCAACGCCGCCAUUGUCACAGACUACCCCUUGGUGAAGGACGCUAAGCGAAGCGACAUGUUGGAGUACUACCAGGUGAACGUGCUUGGCCCGGUCGAGCUCUACCAAGCUACCAGAGAUCUGCUGCAAAAGUCGUCCGGCAAACCGAUUUUUGCCUUGAUGGGUUCUAGUGCAGGUGCGCUUGGACGGCAUCUUACCGUUCCAAAUGCAUUGUACGGACCCACAAAGGCCGCUAUCGCCUGGUAUGGCCUGAGGAUUAACGCCGAGGACGAGUGGUUGAAUACCUUCACCUUGGACCCCGGGUGGACACAGACAGAGAUGGGCAAUUUGGGUGCAAAAACCUUCGGACUGUCGGAGGCUCCUAUAAAGGUCGAAGACAGCGUGGAGGGCUUAUACAAGGUUCUCACCACGGCAACCAAGGAGAAGUAUGGUGGCAAGUUGGUCGAGUACACUGGCAAUAUCAUGAUAUUUUGAAUGCAUGAGAACUUGGGGGGCAAAGAAAUAGACCAGGACUUGAGAUCUACUUUCUUUUCAAGGAAAGAACCGGAUAGCCCGCGCGCGUGGAACUUGGUGUGCUUCAAGU